AUGCGGCAGUUUCAAUCGUUUAGUUCAAGCAUCGAGUCCAGCCUACCACAGCCGCACAAGCAGCAAAGCUCUAGCGAGAUCUACGCGGAGCCAGAAAACUUCUUAGAGAUUGAAGUUACAAACCCAAAGACUCACUUCCCACAUCCAGACCACCGUGGCAUGUUCACAGACUAUGAACUGAUUUGUCGCACGAAUGUUCCAGCUUUUACAAAGCGCAUGAGUCGUGUCAGACGCCGCUAUUCCGAUUUCGAACUCUUUCGCAAGUGUUUGCUCAAGGAGCUAUCGCUGUCAAGCCACCCCAAGAUUGCGGUGCCGCACCUGCCUGGGAAGAUUCUACUGGGUAAUCGCUUCAAUGAUGAGGUUAUCCAAGAGCGCAUGCAGAGUCUUAACAAGUGGAUGAUCGCGGUGGCUGGCCACCCAUUACUACAGAGCGGGUCGAAAGUGCUGGUGCGGUUUGUUGAAGACGAGAAGUUCACCGGCUGA